CUUGACGAUUUCGUUUUUGGAUAUUAAAUGUACCGGAAAGUCAACUCUUUGAACGGUCCUGGCAAAAGCCCAGAAUGUAUUGGUGCGUGGGAACAGAGGACUCGGUUGAUGACAGCAAGAACAAUAUGGCGGCACAAGAAGGCGCCUUGGACAUGGGUGGCAGGCAGUCCAUUGCCGGCGGACUCUCCACCAGCCAGUCUCCCGUGACGGAGACCGUUCAGGCAGCUUACCAAAGCGGAGAAUUCAGGAAAGCCCAAGAGCUGAUUAAAACGGCGUGUCAGGAGAACAUCUUACAAGUGGAAAAGGACCACCUCUUGAGUCUUUCAGCUGCAUAUGGGGAUCUACAGACGGUAAGGUAUUUGCUGAAAGAAGCCGGCCUGUCAGUAUCCCUUGAACCCACCGACGACAACCCAGCUGUGGUGGCCGCAUAUUUUGGGCAUAAAGACGUCGCGCAAGAAUUACUGGAUUCACUUCUUGGUAGGUUGAAUCUUCUGCCCUUCUGUUUUGAAGCACUAGUUGUUAUUUUCUUUGGUACAUUCUAUUACAUUGACUCCUCCUUGUCCCGGAUACCAGGUCCGAGGAACUCCUUGCAACUCGUGUGUUGGAUGCUGGCGAUUGCCUGCCAGCAAGGCCACCUAGAGCUGGUCAAACUCUUAGUCCUGACCUACAAAGCAGAUCCGGACAGCUACGCAGUGAGGAAGAAUGAGUUCCCGGUUCUUGUCCGAUUGCCCCUGUAUGCAGCUAUAAAAGGAGGGCAUGAGGCUGUAGCAGCCUUCUUGCUUGAGAAUGGAUCCUUCUUUUGUUCCUAUGUACUGAUGGACUGCCCUAGUGUGAGCAAAGACCUCCUUCGCAAAUACUUUAUAGAAACAACGACGUUACCCAGGAGUUCUCCAGCCAAAACAGUUCUUUCUGUGAACUGGCAGAACCUCAGACUUCCUUGGCUGGACCUUGAUUGGCUGAUAGAUAUUUCUCACCAGAUAACUGAACUCAACCUCUCUGCGAAUUGCUUGACCUCCCUUCCGUCCAUUAUCCCUUGGGGGCUGAUAAACCUCCAGAAACUAAACCUCAGCGAGAACCGUUUAAGCGUACUACCUGACGUACAUUCUUCUGAUGGAAUUAUUUGCACAAAAUUACUUGAGAUUGACAUAUCUAACAACAGGUUCUUUAGCCUGCCUUCCGGGUUCUUGCACCUCUGCAAACUCCAAAAGCUUGCUGCUGCCAAAAAUUAUCUGGAAAGGCUUUUUGACGAAGAGAAUGUUACUAACUGGAUUGGAUUAAGGAAGCUCCAGGAACUGGAUAUCUCAGACAACAAGUUGUUGGAGCUGCCCACACAUUUUCUCCAUUGUUUGAAGUCACUCAGCUUUCUGAAUGUCUCCAGGAAUAAUCUGAAGGUGUUUCCUCAGCCCUGGGCCUGUCCCUUGAAAAGUUGCAAGGCAUCUAAAAAUACCUUGGCAUCCCUACCUGAUACUUUGGCUGUUUUUUGGAAAAAUCAUCUCAAGGAAGUAGAUUUUUCUGAAAAUUCCCUGAAAGAAGUUCCCCAGUGUCUCUUCCAGCUUGAGGCUUUGGUGUCCUUGAAACUCUCAGGAAAUCAGAUCAUCACGUUACCUUCUCAAGAGAAGUGGGCCUGCCGGCAACUGAAAUCUUUGGAUCUCUCCAAGAACCAGCUUGGAAAAACUGACGAAGGGGCCAGAACUAAACGCAUUUCCUUUUUCACGACCAGGAGCCGAACCCGCGCUGGCACCGAGACAGAUUCCACCUUGGAGUUUCCGGAAUACCUGUGCGAGUCUCUCGAAGUCCUCUACCUGAAUGACAACCAGCUCGACUCUGUCCCCCAAUCGGUCUGCCUUCUCAAAGGGCUGUCGGAGCUUUAUUUAGGAAAUAACGCCGGCAUUCAAGAGCUCCCUCCUGAACUUGGACAACUGUCUAAUCUUUGGCAGCUGGAUAUCGAAGACCUAAAUAUUGUCAACCUUCCUGCGGAGAUCCGAAAGGAGGGCCCCAGGACCAUUUUAGCUUUCUUGCGAGCCCAGCUACGCAAAGCGGAGAAAUGCAACCUGAUGAAAAUGAUUGUGGUGGGGCCCCCACGGCAGGGGAAGUCCACGCUGAUUGAGAUCCUGCAGACGGGGAAAGUGUCCCUGUCGAUGCCCAAUGAUGCCACCAUCCGGACCACAAAGUGGGAGCUUCAGAGACCUGCUGGAUGUAAAUCAAAGGUUGAUUCAGCCGAGUUUAACGUCUGGGAUAUCGGCGGUUCCGCCAGCAUGUCUACAGUCAAUCAGUGUUUCUUCACAGAUAAAGCCUUGUACGUCGUCGUCUGGAACUUGGCCCUGGGGGAAGAAGCAGUCUCAAAUCUUCAGUUUUGGCUGCUGAAUAUCGAGGCCAAGGCUCCAAAUUCGGUUGUGCUGGUGGUCGGGACGCACCUCGACUUGAUUGAGACGAAAUUCCGCGUGGAGAGGAUCGCCACCCUGAGAGCAUACGUCCUGGCCAUCUGCCGGUCACCUUCCGGCUCAAGAGCCACUGGCUUCCCGGACAUCACGAUGAAACACUUGCACGAACUCUCGUGCCGGACUCUAGAAGGCCUGGAUGGGUUACGACAGCUAAUCUAUCACAUCACUGCUAACAUGAAGGAUAUUGGAAGUUCGAUUGGCUCACAGAAACUCGUCGGGCGACUGAUACCAAGAAGUUACUUGAGCCUCCAAGCAUCCAUCUUACUUGAACAACAGAGGAGAAGCCAAAGCGACAGUGUGCAGUAUCUAACAGACAAGGAAAUCGAGCAAAUCGUAGAGAACACUCCAGGCAACGACAUCAGGGACUACGAGGACUUACAAUCCGCAAUCAGUUUCCUGAUAGAGACGGGAACGUUGAUGCACUUCCCGGAUACAAGCCACGGACUGAGAAACCUCUAUUUCCUCGACCCGGUUUGGUUGUCAGAGUGUCUGCAAAGAAUCUUCAACAUCAAAAGCUCAAAGUCAGUGGCUAAGAACGGCGUGAUCAAAGCGGAGGACCUCCGGAUGCUGCUGGUUGGAACGGGGUUCGCCAAGCAAACGGAAGAACAGUAUUUCCAGUUCCUUGCCAAGUUUGAAAUUGCACUGCCGGUAGCCAACAACAGUUAUCUUCUGCCCCAUCUGCUUCCCGCCAAACCAGCUCUCGAUGUCCAUGGCUUAUGCCACCAAACAGCAAACACCAUCCAAAGGGUUUUCAAAAUGAGUUUUGUCCCCGUUGGCUUUUGGCAAAGGUUUAUAGCCCGGAUGCUCAUCAGCCUUGCGGAGAUGGACCUCCAGUUCUUCGAAAACAAGAAGAAUGCGAAGAGCAGGCACCGAAGAACCGUCCUGUACAGCUUCGCCGGCCCACAGCGAAACCGCUGCAGCACUUUCCGGGUGAAAAGGAAUCACACCGUUUACUGGCAAGAGGGCCUGUUUGUCACCUUCGAUGGAGGCUACCUGAGUGUGGAGUCUUCUGACGUCAACUGGAAGAAGAAGAAAAGCGGGGGAAUUAAAAUCAUCUGCCAAUCAGAUGUGAGGGAUUUUUCAGCAAUGGCUUUUAUCACUGAUCAUGUCAAUUCUUUGAUAGACCAGUGGUUUCCUGCACUCACAGCCACUGAAAGUGACGGGACCCUGCUGAUGGAGCAGUACGUCCCUUGCCCCGUCUGUUCGACCCCUAAAACGCAAGAAGGAAAAGACAGCCAGAAAAUAGAAGACUUGCAGUACUUCAAUAUGGAGGAUUGCGUUCUAACCGCCAUUGAGCUGGACAGCAUCAUCUGUGCUCACCACCCGGAGAUACCUGUCCCUUUGCAGGAGCUAGUCCCUGAGCUUUUCAUGACAGAUUUUCCAGCCAGAUUAUUCUUGGAAAACAGCAAGCUGGAAUACAUUGAAAAUGAAAACAACGUUCUCGGCCAAGGAGGAAGUGGGACGGUUAUAUAUCGGGCGCAGUACCAAGGAAAACCAGUGGCCGUGAAGCGAUUUCGGAUUAAAAAAUGCAGGAGCUCUGCUAAUUCAGCUACAGACACCAUGCUGAGGCACCUGCGAGCGAUGGACGCCAUGAAGAACUUCUCCGAGUUCCGCCAGGAAGCCAGCAUGCUCCACUCCCUACAACACCCAUGCGUCGUUUCCUUGAUUGGCAUCAGCGUCCACCCGCUCUGCUUUGCCUUAGAGUUGGCCCCUCUGGGCAGCCUCACCACCGUGCUGUCAGAAAACUCCAAAGGAGCCUCCUUUGUGCCUCUGGGACACAUGUUGACCCUCAAAGUAGCCUACCAAAUAGCCGCAGGCCUGGCCUACCUCCAUAAGAAGAGCAUCAUUUUCUGCGACUUGAAGUCGGACAACAUUCUCGUGUGGUCCCUGGACGUGAAGGAAAGCGUCAAUAUCAAAUUGUCCGACUACGGGAUUUCCCGGCAAUCCUUUCACGAAGGGGCUCUUGGAGUGGAGGGCACCCCUGGGUAUCAAGCGCCAGAGAUACGGCCGCGCAUCGUCUACGACGAAAAGGUGGACAUGUUUUCCUAUGGCAUGGUGCUCUACGAACUCCUGUCUGGGCAGCGGCCAGUGCUUGGUCAACAUCAGCUUCAGAUUUCUAAGAAACUUUCCAAGGGAAUCCGUCCCAUCCUGGGCCAGCCGGAAGAGGUGCAGUUCCAUCGAAUGCAGGCGCUGAUGAUGGAGUGUUGGGACACGAAGCCUGAAAAGCGCCCCUUGGCCUCCGCAGUGGUAGGACGAAUGAAGGACCCAACCUUUGCCACAUUCAUGUACCUGCUGCCAUGUGGGAAACAGUCGUCCUUCUUCUCUUCCCAAGGGCAAGAGUACACAGUGGUAUUCUGGGAUGGGAAGGAAGAGAUGAGAAACUACACAGUAGUGAAUACAGAGAAAGGGCUUGUAGAAGUUGCCAAGAUGAGCUGCCCAGGAAUGAAGCUAUGCUGCCAGCUGAAAGUUCAAAGUUCUCUCUGGACUGCCACAGAGGACCAGAAGAUUUAUGUGUACAGUCUACAAGGCAUGUGUCCUCUGAAGGCUCCUCAAAAGGGCGUAGACACUCCGUCAGUUGUCACCUGUCUCCUUGCAGUACCUGUUGUGAAAAAGAACUCCUACGUGGUGCUGGCCGGCUUAUCUGACGGGCUCGUCGCUGUCUUCCAAGAGUCACGCGGUGUCCCCGAGGACAGCUGCUCCUACCUGUGCUCCCAUACCGCCAACCGCUCCAUGUUCAAGAUCAGCGACGACGACCCCCGCCAGAACCCUUACCCCGUGAAAGCCAUGGAGACGGCGAACAACGGGGCCGAGGUCUGGUACAGCAACGGCCCCGGCCUCCUCGUGGUCGACUGUGCGGCCAUGGCCAUCGCCCGGAGACUGGAGCCUUACAGCCCGCCGUCCACCAUCGUGUCCAUCGUGUGCAGCUCGGACUGCAACGGGGAGGAGGUGGCCUGGUGCCUGGACGACACAACCAACUUCCUGGUGAUGUAUUACACCGCCACCUACCAGCUCUGUGCGCGGUACUUCUGCGGAGACCGCAGCCCCUUGAGGGACAUGUUCACCAUCCGGCAGCCCUCGUCCUUGAUUCCCGACGCGUUAGAUGCCGACCCGGCCGUGGCUCCCGAGAGCAACGCCGUGGAAGACGUGGGCAUCCUGUGCAGCCAAGGGCUCGGCAUUCAGAUCUUGAACCACCAGGACUCCCUGACGGACUACUGUUCCAUGUCGUCGUCAUACUCCACCUUGUCUCCCAACAGGCUAGUGGGGUCCUCCUCCAGCCUGCCCAGCUCCCUGUUGAGCGCCUCCAGCACCCCUUUCUCGACAGAUUGCGAAGAGCCUGACAAGCUGCAGGAACCCAGUCCUCCUGCCGAGGGACCUGAAAACGAUUUGGCCCCAGGCAGGGACAACGACAGGGGUCUCCAAGCCGUGAGAGUCCUCCCCGUCAAAGACCUCCUAUGGAUUCCCAGGCGAGGGGGCGAUAUCAUUGUGAUCGGCUUGGAGAAGGAAGCCGUUUCUCAGCGAGGGAGAGUCAUCGCUGUACUGAAGGCUGCAGAGCUGGCCGCCUAUGGGUCCCUGGUAGAUGCUGCCAUCUUGGCGAAGGACACGGUUGUAUGCUGCUUCAGGAAUGAGGCCAUGGACUGGUGCUUGGCUGUCUGGAAGAGCUGGGAUGCCAAAGACUUUGACAUUUUCUACCAGUCCUAUGAAGAACUGGGGAGGCUUGAAACGUGCCUGCGGAAGAGAAGGUAGUAGGCGUGGA